GUUUUCCGAAGGCCACGCAAAUUGAGCAGAAGCUGGAUUAUAUAUAUAUAUAUAUAUAUAUUAAAAAAAAAAGGUGAAAAAGAGCCCCUUGAAAUAGAUCAAAAAGCUCAUCAUAAAAAAACAAUUUUCUUCGUAGUUUUAAUCAUUUAAACCUUCAAGUUUGAGUGUUUAAGCAAGUGAUAAUAAAUGAGAUUUAACUAGAGCAUGUACCAUUGGGAGUCUAAAAGAUGCAAGAAGCAUUUAGUAGGGUUUACCAAUGCCAACGGCCACUCCCACCUUGAGCCCCCAAAGCCCACAUUUUUACCCGUUUUCCUCUCUCUCUCUUUUCCUAUUUCUCUGUCUCUUUAACUUUCCCUCCCCUUCUUCUUCCUUGCUACUUGACCUUCUUCUCCAUCAUCCACUCUGUCUGUUUUGGUGGGGAAAAGAAAAUAUAUAACCAGAAAAAAGAUUUCAGAGAAAGCAGGUUAAAAAAAUGUCAACCAAGUCACCAAUUUUUCCCAUGUCACAACCUCAGCAUUUCAGUGAUUAUGGUUUUGACCCUCAAAUCGACUACUUUCAGGUUUUGGAGGAAGCAAGGAAGCACAGGAGGGACACAACAAGAUCCAUAGACUCUAUACACUUCAAGCUCCAGAAACCCAUUUGCAAAGACGAUCUAAAGAAAACCCACAAGGCCAAGAAGAAGAGGUGGUGGAGAAAUGCUCUGCUUUUCUUCAAAUGGAAAUGGACCCACCACAAUCACCAUGGCCAUGAUGAUCGUGAAGAUGUUCACCAUGCCAGAGCUCGAUCUUUCAGGGCAUCCAUUUCAGGACCUGUUUACAUUACCGAAAGCAGAAGUGGGUCUAGCACGCCGUACCGAACAACUAGCCUGCCUUCAUCGGGUCCUCUCGCCGGUACAUUAACUCCGACGAGUAAAGGUGAGGUGGAUAUACCUUAUCUCAGUCUCAGAGAGCUUAACAUGGAACAACAGCAUAGGAUCUCUGCCUCUGCCAUGCCCAUUUAUCUGGUUACCUAGUUUCUCUUCUUCCCAGAUAAUUAAGUUAAUUAGCAUUUCUAGAGCCUUAUUUUGUAAAGCUUAUAUUAUUACUUUUUUAUUUUCUUUUUCUCAAAGUGGCUGUUAAUGGGUUCGGUUUGGUUUGCUUUUAUGGGGUUCCACUUUUUUUAGUCUUAAUGUUUGGGUAAAUGUCCCUUUUUUGUGUGUGUUUUUUGCAUAACUGCAAAGGCAUAUCCUUUGGAGGAAAGCUGAAUCCUCUUUUUUU